AUGUAGUGAAGUAAAAAGUAUUAAUAGUAAAGUACAGAUACCUCCCAAAACGAGUUAAGUACUUUACACCACUGGAGCUUGGUCUUCGAUUAUGAGACGCAUCCUAUGACAGAUCACUAUCAGUUUACAUAAUAGCUACAGCAUUCCUGCAAAUGGUCAAAUAUAUAGAUUGCUUGUUAUGUUAGCCUGACUUUGGAUUUUAGAUACAGUUGUUGUCCAACCCCUUGUCACACCUCAACCAUAACUUGGAUUUGUACUGUAUGACAUUGGAGAGGACAAGUGAGUCAUAGAUGGUGUCUAAAUUGGCAUCAACAAGCUGAUUAGUAACAGUAUUGUGGGCCUUAUAAACAGCACUGCCUCAAUGUGGUAUUGGGAUGCGUUCAUUAACCAUUGGACCAGACAGUAACUGGGCCUGAAGUAUCCCCUGGUUCUGAAUAUGUGCACAUGAGAUCUGAGUGUGUUUGUGUUUAUCAGAGACUUUUGGUGUCUAGGCCUAUAUUAAUGUGAUGAUAGGUUAUAGUUGUACUUGACUGAGAGAGCUAGGUUGUAGCUAAGUGGACGGUGUUGUGGUUUCACCCUGCAACAAUGUCGACCCUAUUGUUGCUGCUAUUGCUGAGCAACUUAUGCAGGCUGGGACAGUCUAUGUCACGAGAGGAGAAGCUCAAGCUGAGGAACCAAGUGGUUGAGAUGUUUGACCAUGCUUAUUCAAAUUAUAUGGACCAUGCGUACCCAGCAGAUGAGCUGAUGCCUCUGACGUGUCGGGGGAGGGUGCGUGGGCUGGAGCCCAGUCGGGGAGACGUGGACGACGCACUGGGGAAGUUCUCUCUCACCCUCAUCGAUACCUUGGACACUCUAGUGCUCUUAAACAAGACGACAGAGUUUGAAGAAGCAGUGCGGAGAGUGUUGACAGAUGUGCGACUGGACAAUGACAUCGUGGUGUCUGUCUUUGAGACCAACAUCCGUGUGCUGGGAGGGCUGCUAGGGGGCCACUCCAUGGCGGUGAUGCUGAAGGAUACAGGGUAUCACAUGCAGUGGUACCAGGAUGAGCUGCUCCACAUGGCCAAAGACGUGGGUCUCAGACUCCUGCCUGCCUUCAACACCAGCAGUGGCCUGCCUUACCCCAGGGUAAACUUGAAGCAUGGCAUCAGGGGUCCUGAGAGUCGGACGGGCACAGAGACGGACACCUGCACAGCUUGUGCUGGCACAAUUAUCCUGGAGUUCGCUGCCUUGAGUCGCUUCACUGGGGACCCUGUGUUUGAGGUCCAUGCACGGAGAGCCCUCGACUUCCUGUGGGAGAAGAGGCAGAGGAAUAGCAACCUGGUGGGAACAACCAUCAACAUCCACUCAGGAGAGUGGGUCCGCAGGGACAGCGGAGUGGGAGCAGGGAUUGACUCGUAUUAUGAGUACCUGCUGAAGGCCUAUAUUCUCCUGGGAGAUGACCUGUUUCUGCAGCGCUUCAACAUUCACUAUGCGUCUAUAAUGAAGUACAUCAGCCAGCCUCCUCUCCUGCUGGACGUUCACAUCCACAAGCCUCUGCUGCCUGCUCGCACCUGGAUGGACUCCCUCCUGGCCUUCUUCCCUGGGCUGCAGGUGUUGAAGGGAGAUAUCCGGCCGGCCAUUGAGACCCAUGAGAUGCUGUAUCAAGUCACCAAGAAACACAACUUCCUCCCAGAGGCAUUCACCACUGAUUUCAGGGUACAUUGGGCUCAGCAUCCACUAAGACCUGAGUUUGCAGAGAGCACUUAUUUCCUAUACAAGGCUACCAAAGACCCCUACUACCUGGAGGUAGGCCGCACAGUGCUGGACAACCUGAACCGAUUUGCCCGGGUCCCCUGUGGCUUUGCUGCCAUGAAGGACGUGCGCACCGGGAGCCACGAGGACCGAAUGGACUCUUUCUUCUUGGCAGAGAUGUUCAAGUACCUGUUCCUUCUGUUUGCGGAAGAGGAAGAUCUGACGUUUAAUGUUGAGGAUUAUAUCUUCACCACCGAGGCACACCUUCUGCCCCUGUCCCUGUCCACUGCUCCUCACGCCCCCUCUCCUCCCGCCAACACCACGGUACAGGCUCCAUCUCUGCCUCAUCUCUCCGCCUAUGUCAAAUCUCUUUGGUCAGAGGAGGAGUUGGAUGACUCUAACUUUGAUUGGACCUGCCCCAACACACGCCUCCUUUUCCCCGACCCCGCCUUUCCACAGAACCUCCGAGAUCCAAUCAGGAGUGCUGUGGACAAGAGUUGUCCCCGUCCUGCCAUUCACCGUGAGCCGGGGAUGGGUCGCCCACCUCUGAAGGCUCAGGACUUCAUGGCCAACAACCCUGAUCACCUGGAGCUGCUGAGGAGGAUGGGAGUCAGCCUUAUUCACCUUAAAGACGGCAGAGUGCAGCUGGUCCAACACGCUACACAGGCGGUCAGUGCUGUGGCAGCAGAGGACGGGAUGCGCUUCAUGCAGGAGAUGAUGGAGCUGUCCAGCCAGCAGCAGAAGGAGCAGCUCCCUCCGCGCGCCGUACAGAUCAUCUCACACCCCUUCUUCGGCAGAGUGGUGCUGACCGCUGGCCCAGCACAGUUUGGCACAGACCUUUCCAAGAGCAUCACGGGGGUUCGUGGGUUUGUGACAGUGGCUGAACCCUACAGUGGCUGUGCGGAACUGAGCAACGCUGCCUUUGUACAGGGCCGCAUUGCUCUGCUGCAGCGGGGCCAAUGUAUGUUUGCUGAGAAGGCCAGACACAUCAUGAAGGCUGGGGCCAUCGGAGGCAUCGUCAUCGAUGACAACGAGGGUAGCAGCAGUGACACUGCUCCCCUCUUCCAGAUGGCCGGCGACGGCCGCAACACAGACGACGUCACUUUGCCCCUCCUCUUCCUCUUCUACAAGGAAGGCAACAUCCUGUUGGAGGCUCUCAAGGAGUACAGGGAGGUGGAGGUGCUGCUGAGCGACAAGGCCAGAGACAGAGCAGCCUCUAUAUUCAAAGGUAAACCUCUCCCUGGCAUCCUGCUGGAAAGCAGGAUGGAUGUUCAGGAGGAGAAGGAAGAUUGUUCAACAGACCAAACUUCACCUGUCCCUGCAGCAACUCUCGACCAGUCACACGUGAGGACUAUGGAGCAGGAUGAAUCAGCUCCCCACAAUGAGGAAGUGACUCCUGAGGAAGAUGUGGGACCUGCCAUUAAGAGGAACCCUGAGCCAGAGGAGGAGCCUGAGGUUGACAAGGACUCUAGCAGAAAAUCAGUGGAAGCCAUGAUGGCUGAUUGGCGAGAGGACUUAGAAGCGUUUCAGCAGAUGGAGGAUGAGCUUUGACAACUUCCACAGUUCCCCCUCCUCCGGUCUGUCCCAGCCACCGUACAGGCCUGGGGUCAGUGGACUGUGCCUCAUAAAGGAUAAGGUUUUAAUGGGGAGAUGUUUUGAUAAGGAACGGUUACCAGGGUGGAAUACAGUGACUUCUACAGCCCAGAUAUCUACUGUCUGGCAGUAUGAACCCCUGAUUAACUCUCACUAUUUUCUGGUCUUGUCUUAUUUUCACACAUUGUCUUCCUCCAAAUGCUUUUCUAGGUCACUGACAUGUGGGAGCAGAUUCCAAAUGCUGGUUGAAUUAUAAUCCACUGGUUGAUUGGUUUAUUUAACUGUAAUGAUUAAUUGAUAAGUUGUUGGAACAUUUACUAUUUUAUUUUGUGGGCCUAAUUUGUGGGGUCAAUAUUAAGCUACCUGACUGUGAGGGACUGCAGUGGCAAGCAGUCUAUAAAAGGCUGGUGCUGAGAAUCAUUUAGCACUGGCACUCUCCAGGAAGAGACGAAGUUAUAUGUGACUGUAAAUAUGUAUUUGUCAGUUAUUUCCACGAUGGUUUGAAAUACAGUGCUGCUUUGCUCAGGUUCUGGUCGGUAUGAGAGAUACCGGUUACUGGCUACCCAAGAGGGCAGACAGUACCACCAGCUGGCCAGCAGAGGGGAUCCUUGUUUGAGACCUCUUACUGGUCUGACUGGAACUUGAUGACAUACUGGAAGACCAAGGAAACAAAAAAGCCAACAACAUAAUGAACUUUAAUUAAAUUGAUAAGGAAAUUGAAAA